UGAGAGGUGCAGAGGGGAGGAGAGCAUCACUCUGUCAGUCGCACUCCUCUGACUCGCUGCGUGGCCGUGCGGGCAGAACAACAGAAGAAAGCCGGACGGAUACUGCAGCAGACAGCAGAUCUCUGUUUCCCAUCCGCCGACCUGCAGCCUCUUAGGAGGGCAAGCUCGAUGCUCGUUCUUUCUGGCGGACUACCCAUGCAUCCGAGGAGCCCCUAGCCGCCCGGGCUGGACAAGCCUCGGCGUUCGCCUGGAGAACCGGCCGUCCUCCGCCUCGGAUCCGUACUCAUAACUUGGCUCAUUGCGCGCCUGGGAAAGCCAGCAUCAUCAUCCUCCUCUUCAUCAACACACAGAGCCCCGAUAACCUGUGCGACAGCCGGGGGGCUUACGGUACCCGGGCUGACGGUACUUGGGCUGAGGCACCCGGGGACGGUUCAUGUGUCAGACCCUGUCUCUCUGAAAACAGGUUAAAAUGUUGCGCACUACCGCCAACACACUGGCGGCCGGGCUGCUGCUCCUGGGGCUCCUGGACAGCCUGGAGGUGAUCCUUCCCACCCGGGCGAUAGACGCCCCGAAGACCUGCAGCUCCAAGCAGUUUGUGUGCCGUGACCAGGUGACCUGCAUCUCCAAGGGCUGGCGCUGCGAUGGGGAGAAGGACUGCCCCGACGGCUCGGACGAGGAGCCCGACGUCUGUCCUCACAUCCGGGCGUCCCAGUGCCCCCCCAACGAGUACCAGUGCGGGGGGACGGAGCUCUGCAUCCACAUGAGCCGGCUCUGCAACGGGGUCCCGGACUGCACCGACGGCUGGGACGAGGGCCCCCACUGCAGAGGGACCAACAUCUGCAAGGACAACAACGGCGGUUGCCAGCAGCUCUGCCUGUUCGCGGGCAACGGCCGGCGGACGUGCGCCUGCGCCCACGGCAUGCUGGCGGAGGACGGCCAGCGUUGCCGCGACUACGACGGCUACCUGCUGUACUCGGAGCGCACCAUCCUGAAGAGCGUGCACCUGUCGGACGAGAACAACCUCAACGCGCCCAUCAAGCCCUUCGAGGACCCCGAGCACAUGAAGAACGUCAUCGCGCUCACCUUCGACUUCCGGGGCGGCGGCGGCAAGGGCGCCAACCGCGUCUUCUUCAGCGACAUCCACUUCGGGAACAUCCAGCAGAUGAACGACGACGGCUCUGACCGCAAGACGGUGGUGGAGAACGUGGGUUCAGUGGAGGGCCUUGCGUACCACCGGGGCUGGGACAUGCUGUACUGGACCAGCUACACCACCUCCACCAUCACCCGCCACACCGUGGACCAGGCCCGCUGGGGCGCGGCCAACCGCCACACCGUGGUGUCCAUGUCCGGGGACGACCACCCGAGGGCCUUCGUCCUGGACGAGUGUCAGAGCCUGAUGUUCUGGACCAACUGGAACGAGCUGUCCCCCAGCAUCAUGCGGGCCACGCUGGCGGGGGCCAACGUCCUGGUGAUCAUCGGCAGCGACAUCCGGACGCCCAACGGGCUCGCCAUCGACCACCGCGCCGAGAAGCUCUACUUCUCCGACGCCACGCUGGACAAGAUCGAGCGCUGCGAGUACGACGGCAGCCGGCGCUACGUGGUUCUGAAGAACGAGCCGGUGCACCCCUUCGGCCUGGCCGUGUACGGGGACUACAUCUUCUGGACGGACUGGGUGAGGCGGGCCGUGCUCCGGGCCGACAAGUACACCGGAGGGGACAUGAAGGUGCUGCGGGCCGACAUCCCCCAGCAGCCCAUGGGGAUAGUGGCGGUGGCCAACGACACCAACAGCUGUGAGUUCUCGUUGUGUCGCGUGAACAACGGCGGCUGCCAGGACCUGUGUCUGCUGACGUCGGAGGGCCGGAUCAACUGCAGUUGCCGUGGCGACAGGAAACUUAUGGAGGACAACACUUGCAUCACGCUCAACACCACCUGUAACCGCAUUGACGACUUUGAGUGCGGCAACGGGGACUGUGUGAACUACACGCAGACCUGCGACGGCAUGGUGCACUGCAAGGACAAGUCUGACGAGAAGCUCUUCUACUGCGCGAACCGCGCGUGUAAGAAAGGGUACAGGAAGUGCACCAACGGUCGCUGCGUGGGACACACCAACUGGUGCAACGGCCGCAACGACUGCGGAGACAACUCGGACGAGGCCUUCUGCAACGCCACGCUGUGUUCGGUGGAGCAGUUCCAGUGUCGUGACGGCGGCUGCAUCUCCAACUCCAGCACGUGCAACCAGAAGGCGGACUGUGACGACGCCAGCGACGAGAUGAACUGCUCGGCCACCGACUGCUCCAGCUACUUCCGGUUGGGCGUGAAGGGGAUGAGCUUCCAGAAGUGUGAGUUCACCACGCUGUGCUACGCCCCUACCUGGCAGUGUGACGGCGCCAACGACUGCGGAGACUUCUCAGACGAACGCAACUGCCCAGACAGCAGGAAGGCCAAGUGCCCGGCCACCUUCUUCUUCUGCCCCAGCGGCCGCUGCAUCCCCACCAGCUGGACCUGCGACAAGGACAACGACUGUGAGAACGGGGAGGACGAGCUCCACUGUGAUAAGUCGUGCUCGGCCUCCCAGUUUGACUGUGGGAACCACCGCUGCAUCCCCCAGCGCUGGGUGUGUGACGGAGCGGACGACUGCGGCGACGGCAGCGAUGAGGACAGCAAGUGCAAGAGCAAGACCUGCGGGCCCGAGUCCUUCCAGUGCCCCGGCUCCCACGUCUGCAUCCCACAGCACUGGAAGUGUGACGGGGAACCGGACUGCUCCGACAGCGGGGACGAGAGUGUCAAGGCCGGCUGUGUGUUCAACAACACGUGCAGCAGCAGCAGUGAGUUCAUGUGUCAGAACCGCCAGUGCAUCCCCAAGCACUACGUGUGUGACCACGACACCGACUGCAGCGACGGGUCGGACGAGUCCAUGGAGUGCGAGUACCCGACCUGCCGGCCCAGUGAGUUCCGCUGUGCCAACGGCCGCUGCCUGGUGCAGAGCUCCUGGGAGUGCGACGGGGACUUCGACUGUCACGACCGCUCCGACGAGGCCCCCAAGAACCCCCGCUGCAACGGCCCCGAGAAAAAGUGUAACGACACGGCGUACCCGUGCGCUAACGGCGUGUGCGUGGCGGAGGCGGUGCUCUGCGACCACAAGGACGACUGCGGCGACGGCUCAGACGAGCUCAACUGCUUCAUCGACGAGUGUGUGAACAGCCGUCUGAGCGGCUGCUCCCAGCUCUGCCACGACCUCAAGAUAGGCUUCAAGUGCAGGUGCCUCCCCGGCUUCCGACUGAAGGACGACGGCAAGACGUGCGCAGACGUGGACGAGUGCUCCACCACCUACCCCUGCACCCAGCGAUGCAUCAACACCCACGGCAGCUUCCACUGCCUCUGCGUGGACGGCUUCCAGCUCAGCCCCGAGGACCCCACCAUCUGCAAGUCCACCUCGGAGGAGGAGCCCUUCCUGAUCUUCGCCAACCGCUACUACCUGAGGAAGCUCAACCUGGAUGGCUCCAACUACACCCUGAUCAAACAGGGCCUGAACAACGCCGUGGCGCUGGACUUUGACUACCGCCAGCAGAUGAUCUAUUGGACGGACGUCACCACGCAGAGCAGCAUGAUCCGCCGCAUGCACAUCAACGGCAGCGACGUGCAGGUCCUCCACCGCACCUCGCUCAGCAACCCCGACGGGCUGGCCGUGGACUGGGUGGCCGGGAACCUGUACUGGUGCGACAAGGGCCGGGACACCAUCGAGGUGUCCAAGCUGAACGGGGCCUACCGCACCGUGCUGCUCAACAGCGGGCUGCGGGAGCCCCGCGCCAUCGCCGUGGACGUCCGCUACGGGUACCUGUACUGGUCCGACUGGGGGGAGAACCCCCACAUCGGGCGGGUGGGCAUGGACGGCACCAACCGCAGCGUGGUCGUGGAGGACCGCAUCACCUGGCCCAACGGCCUGACGCUGGACCUCAUCAACGACCGCAUCUACUGGGCCGACGCCCGCGAGGACUACAUCCAGUUCGCCAGCAUGGACGGCUCCAACCGACACACGGUUCUGACCCAUGACAUCCCGCACAUCUUCGCCAUGACCCUGUUUGAGGAGUUCAUCUACUGGACGGACUGGGAGACCAAGUCCAUCAACCGAGCCCACACAACCAAGGGCACCAACAAGACCAUGCUGAUCAGCACCCUGCAUCGGCCCAUGGACGUCCACAUCUACCACCCCUACCGCCAGCCCCAAGUGGAUAACCACCCGUGUCAGAGUGAUAACGGCGGCUGCAGUAACCUGUGUCUGCUGUCCCCGGGCGGCGGCUUCAAGUGCGCCUGCCCCACCAACUUCUACCUGGCGGCCGACGGCAGGCACUGCAUGUCCAACUGCACCGCCAGUCAGUUUGUCUGCAAGAACGACAAGUGCAUCCCGUUCUGGUGGAAGUGCGACACGGAGGACGACUGCGGCGACCGCUCGGACGAGCCCGCAGACUGCCCGGAGUUCAAGUGCAGACCGGGACAGUUCCAGUGUGGGACGGACAUCUGCACCAACCCAGCCUACAUCUGUGACGGAGACAACGACUGCCGGGACAACUCUGACGAGGCCAACUGCGACAUCCACGUGUGUCUGCCCAGCCAGUUCAAAUGCACGCACCCCAGUCGCUGCAUCCCCGGGAUCUUCCGCUGCAACGGCCAGGACAACUGUGGGGAAGGGGAGGACGAGAAGGACUGCCCCGAGGUGACCUGCGCCCCCAACCAGUUCCAGUGCUCCAUCACCAAGCGCUGUAUCCCCCGCGUCUGGGUCUGCGACCGCGACAACGACUGCGUGGACGGCUCCGACGAGCCCGCCAACUGCACCCAGAUGUCAUGCGGUGUGGACGAGUUCCGCUGUAAGGACUCCGGUCGCUGCAUCCCGGCACGCUGGAAGUGUGACGGAGAGGACGACUGUGGAGACGCCUCGGACGAACCCAAAGAGGAGUGCGCCGAGCGGACCUGCGAGCCGUACCAGUUCCGCUGCAAGAACAACCGCUGUGUGCCGGGCCGCUGGAAGUGUGACUACGACAACGACUGCGGCGACAACUCCGACGAGGAGCAGUGUGUGCCACGGCCGUGCUCGGAGAGCGAGUUCUCCUGCAGCAACGGCCGCUGCAUCGCCGGCCGCUGGAAGUGCGACGGCGACCACGACUGCGCCGACGGCUCGGACGAGCACAACUGUGUGGUGCGGUGCGACAGCGACCAGUUCCAGUGCCGCAGCGGUCACUGCAUCCCCAUCCGGUGGCGCUGCGACACCGACCCCGACUGCAUGGACUCCAGCGACGAGCAGAAAUGCGACAACAGCGCGGGCCGCCGCUGCCCCCUGGAGGAGUUCCAGUGUAACAACACCCUGUGCAAGCCGCUGAGCUGGCGCUGCGACGGAGAGGACGACUGCGGGGACAACUCUGACGAGAACCCCGAGGAGUGUGCUAAAUUCCAGUGCCCACCCAUGCGGCAGCUGCGUUGCCAUAACGACCGCGUGUGCCUGCCGAUGGAGAAGAGGUGCGACGGCGUCAACAACUGCGGCGACAACAGCGACGAGCUGAAAUGCCGUACGGUCCCGCCCACGCUCCGGUGCCAGAAGGACGAAUUCCGGUGCGAUAACGGCCGCUGCAUCAGCUCCACGCUGCGAUGCAACUACUUCAACGACUGUGAGGACUACGGCUCCGACGAGGUCGCCUGCAACAAGUUCGACACGGCUCUGAACGACUGCCACAGCAACCGGACGGUGUGUGGCGACGGCGACGAGGCCCACUGCGUGGUCAACGCCACCGACUCCUACUGCUCCUGCAAGCCUGGCUUCCAGUCCUCCGGGCGCAACAGAUGCCAAGAUAAGAAUGAGUGUGCGCAGUUUGGAGUGUGUUCUCACAUCUGCAACAACACCAAGGGCUCGUACAAGUGCAGCUGCCAAAAGCACUUCUCCAGGAUCAACGAGACCUGCAAGGCCGAUGCUCAGAGACAGGUGCUCUACAUCGGCAACGACAACGAGAUCCGCAGUCUGGACCCGGGGAUGCCCAUCUGGCGCUACGAGCUUGCCUUCGAGGGCGACGCCAACGUCCGCAUCGACGCCAUGGACGUGUUCGUGAAAACCAACCGCAUCUACUGGACCAACUGGCACACGGGUCGCAUCUCCUCCUACGACCUGCCCUCGCUCUCCUCGCCCAACAACAACCGCCAGGGAGACGCCCGGGUCAGCAGUCUGGAGAUCCCGGACCUGCAGAUGCCGCGGGGCGUCGCCGUGGACUGGGUUGCGGGGAACCUGUACUGGACGGACUCCGGCCGGGACGUCAUCGAGGUGGCUCAGAUCGCCGGGGGACGCCACCGCAAGACCCUCAUCUCGGGCAUGAUCGACGAGCCCUACGCCAUCGUGGUGGACCCGCCCCGGGGGAAGAUGUACUGGGCAGACUGGGGCAACCACCCCAAGAUCGAGACGGCUGGCAUGGACGGCACCAUGAGGGAGACUUUAGUGGAACACAUCAUCCAGUGGCCCACGGGUCUGGCGGUCGACUACUUCAACGAGCGCCUCUACUGGGCCGACGCCAAGCUGUCCAUCAUCGGCAGCGUGCGGCUGAACGGCAGCGACCCCGUGGUCGCCGUGUCGGGCAUCAAGAACCAUCUCUACCACCCGUUCAGCAUCGACGUCUUCGAGGACUACAUCUACGGCGUCACCUCCUUCGACAACCACGUGUUCCGGGUCAACAAGUUUGGGCGUGGCGCGGUGGAGAACCUGACCACGGGCAUCAACCACGCCACCGACCUGGUGCUGUUCCACCGCUACAAGCAGCCUGACCUGCCCAACCCCUGCGACAGGAAGAAGUGUGAGUGGCUGUGCCUGCUGAGCCCGAGCGGGCCGGUUUGCGUCUGCCCCAACGGACGCACGCUGGACAACGGCACCUGUGUGGAGCUGCCCCCCCCCACCCUGUCCCCACUGGCGCCCCCCAGUGGCCCGUGUGCGGUGCAGUGUCUGCACGGCGGCAGCUGCUUCCUGAACGCCCGCCGGCUGCCCAAGUGCCACUGCCAGCCCAACUACGGCGGCGAGCGCUGCGAGGUGGACCAGUGCCGGGACUACUGCCUCAACGGGGGCACCUGCGCCCCGUCCCCCUCAGGCUCCCCCACCUGCCGCUGCCUGAAGGGCCACACGGGGCCCCGCUGCGACCUGCACACCUGCCAGAGCUACUGCCAGAACCGGGGCAACUGCACCGUCACCCCCGGCAACCAGCCCACCUGCCUGUGCCCCCCCGGCGUCCUCGGGGACCAGUGCCAGUACACUGCGUGCGAGGGCCGCUGUCUGAACGGGGGCCAGUGCCUCCAGGGGUCCGACGGGGCCCAGCAGUGCCGCUGCCCCCCCCAGUACCUGGGCAGCACCUGCCAGGUGGACCGCUGCCACUACUGCCGGGACGGGAAGUGCACCCCCACCAACACGCUGCACCCCACCGGGGAGGUCACCUGCCUCUGUCCCAACGGCCGGGUCCAGCCCAGCUGCUACACCUGCGACACCAACGAGUACUGCGCCAACGGCCAGUGCUCCCUCCACCCGCUGACCCGCCUCCCGGAGUGCAGAUGUGCUCCGGGCUGGACCGGCCAGCGCUGUGAGACGGUCGCCACCGCGGACAGCAGCUCGGGAACUGGUGCGCGCACCGCCUCUAUCGUGGUCCCCGUGGUGCUGCUGCUGCUGCUGGUUCUGUUGGCUGCAGGAGCCCUGUUCUGGUACCGGAGGAGAAUGAGAGGGGCCAAGGGCUUCCAGCACCAGAGGAUGAGCAACGGGGCCAUGAACGUGGAGAUCGGGAACCCCGCCUACAAGAUCUACGAGGGGGGGCCGGACGAGGACGCCGGGGAGCUGCUGGACGCCGACUUCACCCUUGACCCCGACAAGCCCACCAACUUCACCAACCCGGUCUACGCCACGCUGUACAUGGGCGCCCACAACAGCCGCAACUCCCUGGCGAGCACGGACGAGAAGAAGGAGCUGCUGUCGCGGGGGGACGAGGAGCCACUGGUGGACCCCUUGGCGUAGACUGGCCCCCGGGGGCCACAUGGUCCCAACACACCCCCAUUUUGCCUUUUAAAGAAAGAGAGAGAGAAAAAAAACAGCCGAGAGCAAAUCGACGAAAAAAGUUUGAACACUGUAUAAAAUGUACAAAAUGAAGGACUACUUUUGUAUGUGAUUGCAGUAUUAUAUUUUGUUCUUUUCAGAUUCCUCUGGUCAAAAAAAAAAAAUUAAUCACA